CUGGGUCUCCAAUGGUGGGGGUCUGCUGAAAGACUCAGGGAAACUUCCUCUCCGACAAACGGUGGACAGCAUCCCGACUGACGCCAGGCACGGGCGGUGUCAGACAAGCUCCAUCUACUUUGAUAAAUGUUGGAGAGGAUUUAGGCUGAAAACAGCAGCAAAACAAGAGGAUUUCUAAAAAGCAGAAACAUUUUUUCCUGGACAGCAGACAAGGACAUAGAGGAGGAAAUAAUGCAAUCAUGAAGAGGAAGUGGGCCUGACGAAUGAGCAGGAAGAAACUCAGCUGGAAUUUAUGGUGAACAAAAGCAAACCAACAGUGACUGUUUGAAAAAGCCUGCUGAGAGAGGAGCUGCUGGGGACAGGACUUCAGGAAAAAACACCUCACUGGCUUUGUUUCACCGUCUAAUUUUGGCUUCAGGUUCUUGAGUUUCUCAAGUAAACUUUCGUCAGUGUCAGUCAUGUCAGAGUUAACCUACAGCGAAGCCAUUCAGAAGGCUGGCAAUUCCAUCACUCGCUUCCCUCUCAUCCCAGUCAGAGGGAUUCCUCUCAUGAACCACAUCGCCAACAACUGGGACUCCAUUUGGGAUUUCCGUCCUGAUCCCUCAGACCUCCUCAUCGCCACCUACCCCAAAGCAGGAACAACAUGGACCCAGGAGAUAGUUGACCUGCUCUUUCACAAUGGAGAUGCAGAAGUCUGCAAACGAGCCCCCACACCUAUGCGCAGUCCUUUCCUUGAAAUCUGCUCCCCACCACCCAUCCCCUCAGGUCUUGACCUUUUGAAGAAAAUGGAUCCUCCGAGAGUUAUCAAGACACAUCUUCCUUUUCAGCUGGUGCCAACUGGGUUUUGGGAAAACAAGUGCAAGGCUAUCUACGUGGCUCGCAAUGCCAAAGACAAUCUUGUGAGCUACUACCACUUUGACUGUAUGAAUCUGACCCAGCCUGAGCCCGGGCCCUGGGAGGGCUACAUCCACAAGUUCAUGAAAGGGGAAUUGUCGUGGGGCUCCUGGUAUGACCAUGUGAAAGGUUACUGGAUGGAGAGAGAGAAGAGGAACAUCCUUUACCUCUUCUAUGAAGACAUGAAAGAAAAUCCUCGUCGAGAAGUUGAACGCAUCAUGAGGUACCUGGAGUUAUCACUUCCUGAUGAGGUCAUCACUCGUAUUGUGGAGCUGACGUCCUUUAAGAAUAUGAAGGAGAACCCGAUGGCCAACUACUCCUGCAUCCCAGCACCUGUUUUUGAUCAAACCAUCUCUCCCUUCAUGAGAAAAGGUGAGGUUGGGGAUUGGACAAACCAUUUCACACCUGAGCAGUCCAAGGUGUUUGAUGAAGAUUAUGAAAAGCAAAUGAAGGAUAUCAAUAUACCAUUCAGGACCCUUAUCUAAUGAAUUUUCUGGGUAUUCCAAACUGAUGCAGCUCUGCAAACCAAAGACUGAUGAACUGACACUGUGCUGCACUCAAACAGCAGAAAUGUAACACUGGCUGAUACCAAAAAUGAUGAAAGAAAA